CCCGCCAUCUUGUUGUGACUCGUCUACGUGCGUGGAAGAGUGUCUUCAAGGGGGAUCCCGUCACGUCUUUCCUUUAUUUAUUUAUUUUUUUUAUAGGCGAGAAGGUUGGAUCCCGGGCAGACGCUUUUAAAUCUGGCUAGUUAAAGCCUCCUUAAUUAAUUUCAGCCAUUGCUUCUGGACUCGAGCGUACAACGAAACAGAGAUGAGUAUCGAGACGCUGUUAGAGGCUGCGAAGUUUUUGGAAUUGCAAGCCCAGCAACAACAGAAAGCACGUGUAACUAGACAUCUACCCCACACAGCACCUGAGGCCUGUACCAUGAAGCAUGUUUAGGUGGCUAGCCAGAAGAAAAUGAGCUUCAAGAAAGGCGAUGUCACGAACAGGAGGCAGAGAAGCGAAGAGUGGAAAUUAACUCUUAUACUCAGUCUUUUCGAAUGAAUUGCAUUACCUGGGUGGAGGAGUCUGGUCAAGAGCAUCGCCACAUCCCUGGACCAGCCCCACCCCCUCCCCCAACCAUACCCAUCACGGUCAUCCCCAUCCCAGUAGUGUCCUCCACUCCCUCCGCCCUCCUCCCACCCACCACUACAACUGUCAGUCCCUCGGCAGCACCCCGCCUAACACCUCCCAGAAAAGAUGCCCACUCACUGCCAAACCAGCAGACUGUGCACCAGCGCCCCCUCAUCUCGUCUCAGUUGAAGGCCGAGCCAACAUCGCUGUCUCAGUCCAAUGGCACCAAACCACCCCCACCCCAGCAGCUCCAGACCUUCCCGGGCUCCAACAUCACAUCCACUCUGCAUGCACUUCUCCCCCAGCCAGGACCCCCUACAGCCCAGCACAGCCCUGCAGCUAGAGGCAGCCCAACGGAUGACAGCCGUUAUUUGGAUGGCAAGAAAAGACCAGGAGGGGCAGGAACAAGAGAAGUGCACAACAAACUCGAAAAGAACAGACGUGCACACUUAAAGGAGUGCUUUGAAACCCUUAAGAAGAACAUCCCUAAUGUUGACGAGAAGAAGACCUCCAAUCUGAGUGUUCUGAGAAGUGCUCUGAGAUACAUUCAGACUCUGAAGAGGAAGGAGAAGGACUACGAGCAUGAGAUGGAGCGCUUGGCACGGGAGAAGAUCGCUUUGCAGCAGAGACUUGCAGAGCUGAAGAAUGAGCUGAGCCAACAGUUGGAUGUGAUUGAGGUUGACCGUGUUCUUCGACAGACUGUCCAACCAGAGGAUGACCAGGCCUCUACCUCCACUGCCUCAGAAGGCGAAGACAACAUAGAUGAAGAUAACGAAGAAGAGAGCAUGUCUGUUUCGCCCAGUGCCUUACCCAAUGUGCGUCCUGCUCUUCAGCCAGAGUUAAAGACCCGGCCUGCCCCCUCCCUUAUAUCACAGCACAUCUCUAUCCCACACAAACCAUCCAAGACUUUACCGCUCAUUCCCACAACUCUGCUAUCUCCUGCCGCUGCCCCAAUCACAGCUCCUACUUUGCCCCCAACCCCUGCAAAGCCUCCUAACGGUCCAGCAUCCGCUCCAGCCACCCAGCAAUCACAGGCUGUGGUUUCCCCCUACACCCUACCUCCAGCCCACACCCAUAUAGUGACUAUGCCUAGCCUCCAGCCUACAGUCAUUACCCACGCCGGAUCAGCAUCUCAUGCCUCCGUCAUUCAAACCAUCAACCACGUCAUCCACCCAGGCUCGAAGCAUGUGACCCACAUCGCCCCCUCCACCUCCAGUUCUGUGCAGCUGGCCCCUGGAACUCAGUCAAUUAGCCACAUCACGGUACACCCAGUGGCCCAUCUUCCUGCAAUCUACCCUCAGCCUGUGACGGUCACACAGCCAGCCGUCAUGAGCCAUAUCGCACACACACUCUCCCAUGGUCAGAUGAAUGGUAUGUCGUCCCCCAGCACACAGGCCACCAUGAUGGGCAAACAGACACCGUUGGGCACUCAUGUGGUCACCCAUCACCCUCAGCUGAUGGGUCAGACCGUCCUUAACCCGGUCACCAUGGUAACCAUGCCUUCCUUCCCAGUCAGCACGCUAAAGCUGGCCUGAAGCGCUGACAUUCUGUCCCUGAAAUAAAAUAGACAGUUACAGAGUGGACACAAGGUGAUGAAUCCUCCCCAUCCCAACCAUUAACUCUUUGAGACCGCAGCCCCCCUCCCCACCCAUGCACACAAAGCCACAUGCAGCAUUUCAAUCAAAUGAACUCUAAAUCUGCAGGACUCAGUACAUUCCAAAUGAAAAGAAAGUAUAUAAAGACUCAAAAGCAAAACAAAGAAAUUUAUUGAAUGUCUAUUGCUAUAUAAUGAUUAUAUAAUAAAAGACAAAAAGAGAAUGUGUUGGCGAAGGUAGAGUUUGAUGUCUACAAUGCUAAUGUGCUGCUCAGUAUGUGUUUUAGUCUCUUGUUUUAGUGUAGUGUUUUACGAUGCAACUGUGGUCCGAUCUCAAUUACAGCAACUCUCAGCCAGCUUAUGUCUGACUACUAGUUUAAAUUACUUUGCGAUGUGGAACCCCCAUUAUAUCUUACACUGUACUCUUCGGCACCCACUUGACCAGCUAUAAUGUACAAUGAAGAACUAGAUUCUAGUUCCUACAUUUCUAUCUCCUCAAUGUUCUCUGACCUAGUCACUUUGGUUUCAGCCUUUACAUUGAAAAAUUAUGUGGUUGAUGCUAGACUGUAGCAUCAUCACUGACCCUGUCCCAAAUGGCACUAGAGUCUAAAUUUUCCUGAACUUCUGCCCUGGUAAUAUCAAAGUCCCUGUAUAAGGCAAGUCAGGUCACUCAGGGCACAUAUUUAGAAUGCAUCCAGGCAGCAAUUUUCUAGUCCUACAAGUACAGAUCCCGUCUGCUUGAAUUGAAAUAGACUGAAAUCUCCAAAAUGGUUCGAUCAAAAAAAUCAAUCAAUACAUUUUAUUUCUAUAGCACUUUUAAAAACAGCACAUGUUGACCAAAGUUCCUCACAUUAUAGCAUAUACAUACAGAAUGUAGAAAAUACAAUAACGCAUAAUAAAAUAAGCAACCCACAAAUGAUUGGUCAAGAUUGUAUUGCAUUUCAAAUCGGCAAUAAAAUCUGACAAUGAUAGUAUAAUAAAUGGUUUAAUUUGCUCAAAACACGCAAAACUUUUUAGGCUGAUACACGCAUUCUCAAGUUCGUGUCUCUUAUCAAAAAGGUGAUUGAUCCCCUUUAACUGUAAUGGGUGGUUCACACUGAAUGCGUUUUUGCUUCUGUCUGCACUGUUUUUCAAUAGUUUUUCUAUUUAAACCUGUGCUUGAUGGAAGAGACCAUUCAGCCGAGACGGAGCACUUGUAUUAAAAUGUAUAUAAUACAUUUAAAUUCCCAAUAUGGCGGAUGUAGAAAAAGAAGUCUUGCCUUACCGGUAAAAGAGCCAAUUAACUUUUUGAUACAGACAUCACCUGUCAGUCAACUCCAGCCUGACAAAUAUAGUUUAUUUUUAUGAUACCAUUAUUGUCAAUUUUUACUGUUAAUUGUAUCAAAUGUUAUUUUAUCAUAAUCUUGACCAACCAUUUUGGAGAUUUCUGUUUUUCCCUAUUUCCUUUUAUGCCACUUGUAUCCAUAGAAAAUUGUUUUCUGGGAGCAUUCCAAAGAUGGAUGCUGAUUCGACUAACUUGCCUUAAAAGUUACUUUGCUUGAUGGAUGUCUUUGACCUUUGCGCCGUGUCUUGCUGUUUUGUUUUUUAGCUUCUCAUGCAAGAGCACAACAUUUUAAAACAUCGUGUUUGGUUAAAUAGAACAUAAACUUUUAAAAUCGAAUCUCAAGACAUCUGCAUUCUGCAGCAUAUAGUUUUUUUAUAAGCGCAAGAACGCGUUAUGUGUGAACUGCCCCUAAGGCGGGACACUCAUUCAUACAGCCACCAUAUUUACCAUUACGAUUCUCCCUCACAUAAAUAAUAGGAGUGACCCGUUUCGACCUAGAAAGUCUGUGGUAAUAGUCCGCUGUGAAGUCCACAACUCUUUGGCCUCUGAGCACCCAUCUGAAACCUAAAAUAUAAAAUUGGACACCCUUACGGUCUUGUAGAUUCAAUGGAUGUACACAAGCAAAGGCCAUGAGACUGCAUGUCCACAUAUAUAUCGCCAUUUGGCACAAGGUCAUGUUAGUAGUCAAACGUAGAGUAGUAGAGCUAGAUUUAGAAACUCUGAGCAAUUAUUACACGUGUUUCUGUAUGACAAUAACUUAUGCAGAGUUUACAUCAUUUAGUUGUAGUGCUCUAGCUGGCAUAGAGACUAUUGUUUUGUGACUGCUAUGUGAGUCAUUGAAAGGAAUCUGACAGCAGUGCCUUUAACAUUGUAAAUCUGGUGUCCUGUUCAAUGCUACACAGACGCCCCCUUUUGUUCUCAUUCUGCAACUGCUCAUUUUGAAAAGAUGUUAUUUGGUAACAAAGCCACCUACUCUAUAAAGCUUAUUGGUGUAUGAAUUCAGCACCUGUUGCACAAUUAAAGGUAAACAAACAUGAAAUAUUCAUUAGUUCAUAUCAGAGGGUGCAAAGAACUUGUUGUCAUUGUGAAUGUUUCCAGGCAAUUAGAUAAGCGUUCGAUGUCUUCACCUUGCCACUGGUAAUAACAUAAUUAUGUGGGAAGGAAGGUCAGUCAGUACAUGUAGCAGAUAUCAUGUUUAAAUAUAUAUGCUAUGUGUGUGUGGCAAAGGCACAUCUUUAGGUUAAAGGACUGUUGUGUGGGAAUUUAAGAGAGAACAAGAAAGCAUGGCAAGGGCAAUGUAUCCACUCGAAGCUUGAGGCUAUAAGAAAGAUUUCCCAUGUCUGUUAAACCACACUGACUGCUACACAGAUAUGCAGGUAGAGCACAAGCAGUGUGUACUAAGAGAUUUGAUUUAAACUAACACUGUGAUGCUUCUCAGUUGUUCCAUAAAAGCAAACCAGGUUUACAAAACAGCCUAGCGUUAUAUUGAGCAAGAGAGUCCCUGCAUUUUUUUUUUUUUUUUGCUUUUGUUAGCGUGUGAGAAAUUGAUUUUUAUGGUUAUUUUUUGUAUGUCAGGCUCUAGUUUUUUGUAUUUGCACUCUGUAGGAAGUACACAUGAAUUCUUAGAUGUAUGUGGCUGUUUUCUAAUGUAGAUGGAUGAAUUCUGUUUUAAAACUAACUUCUAAAAUAUGUUCUUUUAGAAUUCUGGGACCAUGUACAGUACUGUUUAACUUUUCAGAACUCUUUUUAUAUA